AUGCCUGUUGUUACUGUCGCUUCGGUCGAAGAAAUGUCGCCAAAAGAAAUCCUCUCCGAUACACCACUUCCCAAUUGGGAACUUAUUGCUGUCUUGCCCACAAUGCUCUCGUUCGAUGCCACUUCAGAUGAAGCUUCUCAACGAAGCCGAAAGCUUUCUUUCGCAUUGCAGCAGCUCAAUCGAAUAUCUACUGUCAGCUGGUGCAGCAAAGUUCAAAAGUUGAAAACCGAGCUGGUUUCGAAGAGGAAAGAAGUGAAAAAAUUAAAAGCAACUGUUUUCAAUGAAGAUACUCCUCUUUUCAAGUGUACCUCAUGUAGUAAAGUGUUUGUGAAUCAAGACUUCCUAGCGAGCCAUUUGAAGAGACGACACAGUGAAGAGAAAACGGAGGAAUCACUGUGA